GCCGGUGUGAAAGUGAGCCGGCGGUCUUCAGGAUUUGGCCGCAGACGCGCACUGUGGCUGCAAGAGGACGCAGCCACGGCGCCGAUGGCUGAGUGACAUUUGAAUCCAGUGGUGGUGUUAUUAUUUAUUCAGAGCAGUAGUCAACGACGUGGCGUCAGUUGAGGAUAUAAUCGGAUUGUUUGAGGAUUGUUGAUUUUUUUUUUUUUUUCUAUACAUGGAGACCGGGUGCCCUUUGGAUGGACUUUGCACUGUUAAGUUCGAACGGAAGCGAUGGGGAGAUUGAUUUUGUGUUAUGCCAAGACACAGCUGACUGCAUCCCUGGAUGCUGGUGAGUUCAACAAGCAGACAAAUUCCUGAAACGAGUGGGACUAAAACAGAGCAGAUUCAAGAGGCUCAAAUAUCGCUGAUGAAUUAAGUUGCCACCAUCUCUUCAUAAGUAGGGCUCAAAUUAUGUCGAAUCUAAUCUACAGAGGGCGGAGGCGAAUGUCCGGCCCCCAAGAGCGACUGCCUCAAACAUCUCAUCCUCCGUCGUUUACCACAAUGAGGAAGAUUUUCCUAGAUUUUAAUCUAGUGGACAAAAUGUAGCAGGAUGACUUAGACACUGCCCAACCAACGCGUGUUCAGGGAUGGAUCUCGUGAACUUUACGACCGUCAUCGACAACGGGUUUUUGGACGAGGCCCCGUCGAGCCGGGUCCUAACCGGCUGCUUCCUCUCCCUGCUCAUCCUCACCACCCUGCUGGGAAACACGUUAGUUUGUGCAGCCGUCACCAAGUUCCGACACCUGCGCUCCAAGGUGACCAACUUCUUUGUCAUCUCGCUGGCCGUGUCCGACCUCUUGGUGGCCGUCCUGGUGAUGCCGUGGAAGGCGGUGACGGAGAUCGUCGGCUUCUGGCCCUUUGGCUCCUUUUGUGACACCUGGGUGGCUUUUGACAUCAUGUGCUCCACGGCGUCCAUUUUGAACCUUUGCGUCAUAAGCCUGGACCGCUACUGGGCCAUCUCCAGCCCCUUUCGCUACGAGAGGAAGAUGACGCCGAGAAUGGCCUGUGUGAUGAUCAGCGUGGCCUGGACGUUGUCGGUCCUUAUUUCCUUCAUCCCUGUGCAGCUCAACUGGCAUAAGGCCCAAACUAAAUCCUACAGCUCUCUCCCCGCGUCCUCUGCAUAUCGGGGAUCGAACGAAACCACCUACCGCAGCCCAGAGAAUUGCGACUCGAGCCUGAACAGGACCUACGCCAUCUCCACCUCUCUCAUAAGCUUUUACAUUCCCGUGGCCAUCAUGGUGGCCACCUACACCCAGAUCUACCGCAUUGCCCACAGACAAAUCAGGAGGAUAUCCGCACUGGAGCGGGCGGCCGAAAGCGCCAAGAACAGGCACGACAGCAUGGGCGGAGGCUCCAGUAUCGCCGAGUCCGAGAGCUCUUUCAAAAUGACAUUCAAGAGGGAGACAAAGGUGCUGAAGACGCUGUCGGUGAUAAUGGGGGUGUUCGUGUGCUGCUGGCUCCCAUUUUUCAUCCUCAACUGCAUGGUGCCCUUCUGCGAGCGGUCGAGCGGAGGGGAGGCUUUCCCCUGCAUCAGCCCCACCACUUUUGACGUGUUCGUGUGGUUCGGCUGGGCUAAUUCCUCCCUCAACCCCAUCAUCUAUGCCUUCAAUGCAGAUUUCCGCAAGGCCUUCUCCAUCCUGCUGGGCUGCCACAGACUGCAUCCAGGAGGCCACAACAUAGAGACGGCCAGUCUAAACAAAAAAUGAGUCAUGACUCUCUCACAGCACUGACUCAUCUCUUAAUUCUUAGAGUCCAAGAGUUCCUGCUGCAGCCGGUCUGGUCGACUUCAAAUGAGGACGCCGCUCUCCGCGCUAACCCCCGUAUGUGUUCCCAUGUCUGAAUGAGGUGACUGGGCUGCCUUCGUGCAGACUGUUUUGCUGUGAUCACACAGGUCUCUGUACUGUCUUCAGAUGGGAGAAGCUCCAGAAUGAUGAGAGGGGGAUUUGGGAUAGAGAUAAAGACUCUUGGCUGUUGUGCCAGGGAUCUGGGAGUGCAGCAGUGCUGACACGCUCCUGGAAUAGAUAAUCCCAUGACUGGGCAGAGCACACUCUAAUGCUGUCAGACACCGCUCUCUUUGGUGGCGUCACACACGUACACAGAAACAAACAGUGUCAAAACGCGAUCGUCCAAAUACAGUGCAGCGUGCACGCUACAAGAAAUUACAUGACAGCGCACAGAAACACUGUUACUCAUUGCAUUAAGACCCUUGCUCUGCGAGGACACCCGCGAUAAAGCUUCAAACCAAAUCAUGCACAUGCACAGGUAAAGAUACACCCACAAGUGACUUAAUAUUACAACUAGAACCAAAAGAGUUUUCAUUAAAUGUCAGUGUGCUUUAAAAUAAGGCCCAGAGAAGUUAUUAACAUCCCUGACAGCAGGCAGGCAUAAAAAAAAAAAAAAUUGCAGGCUGCCUCGUGGAAGAUACGAGCCCAGGUAUUUAUAACACCCAAAUGUCACAUUAUUAGAACUGUGAACUAAAUUUACUCACCUCAAAAAUGAUUUGUUCACAGCUUGAAGGUGUCCAUUCUACAGACGAGUGUCUCGUAUUACCUGUGCGUGCAUUAUAAACAACAGCUGAUGACCUCUUUUUUUUUCUUCUUCUUUUUUUUUGGAAAAAUGCAGUGUCCCAAACAAAGGUUUUACUUGACGUGUUUACAACCUCACCUGUAAAAGACUGAACCAUGUUGGAAUUUUACUUCCUGUUUGAAGUGAAUUAUUCAAGGAUCAGCUUAGUUUACAUCAACGUGGGUCUUAUUCUUAUAGGUUUGGCCGUGGUGGGAGAUUUACACCGUUCAGUUUCCCAGUGAUUCUUCGAUGAAAUACAACAGGGCAUGAAACUCAAGCUGCCAGAUGAUCAGAGAGGCUGUAAACCAGCCCUCAGUCUGGAAACGUAUAUUGUUGAAGUCACCUUACUUGGAGGCAUACCUCAGAGUGAGCAUACAUAUAACGUGACUACAAAGCGAACGCCGUGGCUCGAAUGCAGCUCUGUCAAAUCCUGAGAAACAAAGCAAAAAAAAGUAAUUUGCUUGUGCAGCCUAUUGUGGUUCUGUUUAUUCGAUUUACUCAAAGUGAGAGGAACAGCUUUGCUGUUAUGUGUAAUUUUUCAAAAACAAAUGGCUUCCUCAAGUCAUAGUUUCAUGCACUUUAUGUGACAACAAUACAACAAUAAUCUAGUUUACUGAGCACUGCAAGACAUGCAGUGGAUUAGACGGGCAGUGGAAUUUGUGAAUGUUAAAAAAAAAAAAACAACUUUAAUUCCAAGCAAAUCAUUCCAGAUCGGACGAUUUCCUAAGUUUGAAUGUAGUUUGUAUUUCUGUUAAACAGGGAUAUCCUCAGUGCACAUAACGACGAAGGUACAAUACAUAUGAAAGCGGAGUGUGUGAACCGUGUGACUAAUGUUUACAGUGGAAUAAUUUUUUUUUUUACAGCUUUUCUCGCACGUCAGGUGACUAAAUUGGAGACUUUUUUUUUCUUUUGUUUUGAUUGUAUCUGCUUGUAUUUCUUGUCUGAUGUAUGGUUAAUAAUGUCACUGUGUCAUCUCCAGUCAGAAAGAAAACAAAGGGUUCUGCAUUUUGGAAAGUGGGUCAUUAACUCUCUGCAGCCCUACCGAAGCACACAUUAAGAACAUAAUGUGUAGCAAGUCAUGAAAUAGUCUCAACUAUUGUUUUUACACUUCAAAUUACAACACAAUUAGUAAAUUAAAAUCUUCAGAGGUCCCGAUGAUCUUUCUUUUUUACUUUUGGAUGAAGCCAGUUAGCGUCAUUACUUGUGAUCAGUAUGAAGCUAAGCUAAGCUAAGCUAAGCUAAGCAUCUCUCAAUUUCAUACGGUAUUUAAUGGACAAAACUAUGACAAUAAGACCCAGGAAUUAUCCACUAAAGAGAAGCGUUGCAUAGUGGAUUAGAACGAACAGCAGUGCAGUGCUCUCAUCAACAUUUACCUCCACGUUGGUCAGCUGUAACGACAGAACUUGUAGCUGUGUGUAAAUUGUUGUUCGUAGGUCUGACCGUUGCAUACGUGUUGUUAUGUUACGUCCACAGCAGUAGAACCCAUCAGAAGAAAAAAGUUGUGCAGUGUCUGCUUCAGCCGUGUGGAAAUAUCUCAACGGACAGGUUAAUAAACGUGUGUUUGUCCAGUUUGAUGAAAUCCGCUGUGUGGUGUGUACGUGCGACCGGCUGCACAGCUUUGACCUCCACACAUCAAACUUCCCGGAGCCAAUUUCACACCACCGUCCAAAGGGGGAACUCACCAAAUGGGACCAGCUGUGUUUCACAACCAGAAACUCAUGCGUCCGUUCCGUCUGGUGAUGUUAGCAAAGUGAAGCGUCUGAUCCUGAGCGGUGAACAGGCUGGAAAAAUACUGUUUUUUUUUUUCAGUAACUGCAUUAAAGCUAUUUGUUUCUCCAUCUUCUCAAUGUUAAGAUAAUCCUUUAAUGAAUUCUGGGAACACCUUUGUCGCCUCUGUCACCAAGGAGCUGAAAAUAAAUGACAGUUUUCAGCG